CACACCGCCGGCCACGGCGGGACUGGCAGGUGCGCGGCGCGUGUGCCUGGCAGGGCGAUGGCGUCCCCGGGCUAGCGCUGGUGAGGCGGCCAGGCCCUGGAGCGCACGCCCGCGCCUCACCCGACCUCGGCCUAGAACCCGGGCGGCGAUGGGGCUCGCGUGGCUGCUCGCGCUGGCGCUGCUGGCGUCGGCUGCGGGCGCCGAGGUCGUGGCAGACGCCAGCCAGGAUCUCCUUGAAUUUUCAGUGGGGAAAUUCAGAAGCUUCGAGCUCAACAGAACUUUGCCAAAGGAAGCUGUGGUGCGCAACAUUUUCAACAAUGUGACUUUGCUUAUUUUCCAAAUCCACUCACAGUAUCGGAACACAACUGUGUCCUUCUCUCGGACCCUCCUGCCAGGUUCUUCGGCAACGGGCACCGACCAAGGACUGGCUUUUGUAAUGAAUCUGGAGCAGACUCUGUGCACCUGGUACUUGGAGACCACAGCGGUGGUGCCUGUCCGGAGUGUGGCCAUCCCACUGUCCUAUUCAGAACUAGAUCCUGUCCCUGGAGGCUGUAAUUUGGAGUUUGAUCUAGACAUCGAUCCCAACAUUUACGUGGAGUAUGAUUUCUUUGAAACCACGCUCAAAUUUGCGCCAGCAAACCUAGGCUAUUCAAGGGGCACAGAUCCUCUGCCGUGUGACGUGGAGACGAGCCGGGAUUCCAGGUGGAGGCUGCAGUAUGACAUCUACCAGUACUUCCUACCAGAGAACGACCUUUCGGAGCAGGUGCUGCUGCAGGCCCUGCAGAGGAUGGCCGAGGUGUCGCAGGUGAAGGCCAAUGCUGUCAAGGUCAUCACCCUGACAGCUAACGAUAAGACAGACAUUUCCUUCUCCUCUGUGCGGGGACAAGGUGUCAUUUACAACAUCAUCGUUCGGGACCCGCUUCUCAAUUCCUCGGCUGCGUAUGUUCCUGCCCACACGUAUGCUUGCAGCUUCGAGGCUGUGGAGGGCAACUGUGCCUCGCUGGGAAGAGCCUCCACGAAGGCGUUCUUCACUCUCUUCGCCCUGCUUGGCCUCUUCAUCUGCUUCUUUGGACACAGAUUCUGGAAAACAGAACUAUUCUUCAUCGGUUUUAUCAUUAUGGGAUUCUUCUUUUACAUCCUGCUCGCCAGGCUGACAGCCGUGCAGUACGAUGUUCGUCUGAUCCUGACGGCUGUGGCCGGUGGUGUAGGCGGGCUCGUCCUCAUGGCCGCCUGGUGGCGCUUUGGAGUCCUGCCACUGUGCAUGCUGUGCGUGGGUCUGACCCUCGGCGCGCUCAUCUCCUCCAUGACUCUCUUCACUCCGCUCGGAAACCUCAAGAUUUUCCGUGACGACGGGGUGUUCUGGGUGGCGUUCUGCUGUAUCGCUGUCUUCAUUCCUGCUCUUUGCAUCGGCUGCCUGAGAAUACUGAACGUGCUGAGCUGUGGCGUCGUGGGAUCCUACACGGUGGUGUUGGCCAUCAACAGUUACUCCUUCACGAGCCUCUCUCACGUCACUUUGAACAUCCUAAAGAGGGCGCUCAGGCCAGAUUUCCGAAGAGCUUUCACAAAGGUGCCUUGGCAGACUACCGAUUUUAUCAUCCUGGCUGUAUGGGGGAUGCUGGCUGUGAGUGGAAUCACACUACAGAUCCGAAGGGAGAGAGGGCGACCAUUUUUCCCUCCCCACCCUUACAAGCUCUGGAAGCAAGAGAGAGAGCGCAGGGUGACGAAUGUUCUGGAUCCUAGCCACCACUUGCCUCCGCUGAGAGAGAGACUCCUCAGCCGCCUAGCACAGAUCAAAGAGCUCUUCCGGAAGGAGCAGCCUGCUGGGGAGAGAACACCACUGCUGCUGUAGCUCACCCGGUGGCCAGCAAGCCUCGGGCUGUUACCUGGGUGAUGCCAGCCUUCUCCUGGGUGAGGUGCGUGAAACCAGGCUGGGAAUGGUGCUAACACGUGGUAAGCGUGUGCUAUGCCGGUGGGAUGGUCCUGAGCGACAGCGUGAGAAAUGCGGGGCAGGUGUUUCUUUCUUUUUAGACAUUUGAGAAAUCACAAAUAUGUUAGCAACUCAUUCUACUAAAUAGAUACACUAAGAAAAAAGCAAUAGGAACUGAGAAAACGCUGAGGGUUCUCCUGUUUUCCCUGGUGGUCCUUUCCCUAAGUGCACGGACACGUGUGUGGCCCGAGUCUGGCCGAACUUGACCGGAGUGUUUCAGUUGUUACUGAGUCUGUGCUUGCUGCCGUGCUUGGUGACGCAGGGUUUGCUGCCCACUGAACUUCAGAGGGAACUUUUUGUCUUUCCAAAGGCCAUCAGAUAUCUUAGUUGCACAUCUUCCUAAAUAUCAUACAUUAUCAAAUAUGUAUCCUUUGAUGUAUUAUUUUUUACUAAGUUGAAACAUUUUUAAUUGCAAAAUACACAUGGAAUUUAUCAUUUUAAUCUUUUGGCGGGGACAGGGAGGCGGCAGGGAAAACCCCCUCCCCACCCCGCUACAGUCUUACUCUUAAGAGCACAGCUCAGUAUGUCCCUUUCCUGUUUGCCUUUUACUGUUGAAAAUGCAAGUUCAAAUAGCUACAUUUGCUAGGUUCUCUUUUCAGGGAGAGACCUGUAUGCAGAUUGUUUAUUUACAGUCCAAGGAAGGGUCGCUUAGUUUUCCGGUUGUUAUCCCGCCCCCCCACCCCCAGGCCCUUGCUGACAGGUGAUCCCUAAACUGUGGAUAUCAGAACAGCUCUCGUUUCUAGGAAACAGGCACCCCUCUCUUCUGCUAUGGUGCCAUGAACAAGGAGGCUGUCCAGAGGCUACCCUUGGUGAGUGCCUUGUGCUAAGCUUGCAGUGUUAGCAUUGGAGACAGGUAAAACGCAGUCACUGGUUUUCUGCUGCACUGCCUAACUGCGUGUGCUGCCAACUCAGUAGGGCUCCAUGGGAGAAGCCCCCCUGUGUGGCUGCAGGGAAGCCCCUGGGCUGCAGCCCGACAUGCCAGGGCCAGUGCCUUCCCUGACAGCUGUGGCCCCCAUGAGCUCGUGCUGCCAACCACGGAAUGCUGAGGUCCCUGGUGCCGUUGGCAUCUGCGUGGGUGGGCAGACCACUAGGUCUGUGAUGCUGCUUGGUAGAGGUUUUCCGAAAUGCCGUUGAUUUUGGAAAUGUCAAGUACUGGAAAGUGUUCAACUCUGACUUCUUUUAAAGCAUCUCAAGAGGCAGAAACAAUCCAAAAACCAGAAAGGCAGGCAUUUUGCUGUGAAAAAUCAGUACAACUGAAUUAUCCUGUAGUUCUUACCAUCUGUAACUUGACUAACAUUUCAGCUCCAUGAGUAACUGGUUUGUGUGUAUAACUUACAGUGAGGGCUAUGGCUUCUAUCAGGCCCUUGUUCAUUCUAGCAGAGUUCCAUGGAAUGCUUGUGAGUUCUCUCCAGUGCUGUCAGAACGCACGUCUACUGAGGACCUUAGUAGCAAAACAUGUGUUUUGGGGGGGGCGGGCACAAGGAGUAUAAUAAAUGUGUUAGCAACUCCUACUAAAUAACUACACUAUUGUUCUAGAAAUUUCCUGCCAAUUUGUGUAUAUAAAAGCCAGUUUAUAUAAUUUGAUAAUAAAUCCCGGUUUUGAAAAAAAAUGCUCUACAGUCUCAUUCUAUCUUUCUAUUGUUUUCACUUGAUUUUAUUUGUACCACAGCAGCGAGGUAGAAGAGAUGUGUCAUAGCUAUAAAUACAGGAUUAGUGUAGACGGUUUAGUUCUUCAUCUGCAAAAGUCAACAUCAGGAGUUGAAGGGACUCUGGGACAGUGUGUUAAAAUCAAUCUUUAUUAGAAGGAAACCAGGCCUACCUAGCACUUCAGAUGCUUCUUUCAGAAGAAAAGGUAUUUUGGCUGAGAUGUUUCCAAAAAGCUUGGAUUGUUUUGCUACUCUACCUGUAUUGUGCAAAUGCCUGCUAAACCAGAGCAGUUGCCAUGUAUUGGUUUGGGUGUCCCCCAAACACCCAGGUGUUCAAAGCUUGGUCCCGAAGUCUGAUUCUCGUGGUUCCGUGUUCAUGACUCUCGUGGUUGUGUCUGAAGUGGGGUCUUGGGGAAGCGGUGAGUUUGGGUCAGGUGGUUAGGUCACUGAACCACGGUAGCUUUGUAAGGAAAGGCUGUAUAGAUGGAAGACAAGCGCGCUGUCUGUCUCAACUUCCCAGCUGGCCCCAGGAUCCUGCCUAUGCACCUGUUCGGCCAGACACUCUCCUCAUCAGACUCUGGUCUUGCAUUUGUGAACUGGUGAGAUACUAUCAACAUCUUAAGUAGACCUGUGUCGGGUGUUCAGCUCUAGUGAAAAAACGCACUAGGUGUGGGCUGGGAGCCAGGAACACGGUGCAGACCCCUACAACAUGGGCCAUCUCUGCCACCUCCCAAGUAGCAAGAAGUUGGAGGCAAGGGACAUGGGGGUCUUAGCUGCUAGAUUAAAGAAAUGCUCCCAACUCCUUUUUAGGAGAAAACUUACAGGGAUCAGAAUUCCUUGAUUAAAAAUGUGUUGUUUGGGGUAUAUCUAGAUUUCAAAGGAAUAAUUUCAGGGGCUGGGCUGAAGCAACCUCCUUUCUGUGGUAACAGUGGUUCUCUUCCUACUGAAUGAAGGCAGUAUUUUGAUGCUUUGCACACCUAGAGUCUUGCAUGAAUGAGGAACAGUAUCCUUGCAUGUUUAGAAAAAGUCCACAUUGGAAAACUUGUUCACUCAAGGCAAGUAACUCGGGAAGCACUGAGCACUUUUAACUAGAGUGGUGCUGAAAUUUGAGACGCAGAGCUAACAGGUCCUUGACAUUUUAAAGUGGCACAAAUCCAGCAUAAUACAUCAACCCAGAAAGUGCUGGUCAGUGGAUGCUGGGCGGACUUUUACCUACUAGGAAGACAGAGCAAAGUGAGAGAGAGCUGUUGUGGACAUUUGUGAAGUGAACCAGCUGGGUAAUGGACCAUAAAAGGACCACUGUUAGGGUACACUGGCUCCCCACAUGUAGGCUUGCCAUGUCUCACAUUCAAGAGCUUCAGGAUGAGUAUGUUUUAUUCUGGUUACAGUAUGCUACAUUUCUGAAGUCUUUGGC